AUGCCUAUGCCCCAUCGGCUUGGACUAAUCUUGGACCGUACGGAAGGCUAUCUUGAAAGUCAUGGGAUUAUCAUUAUAAUUCAUGCUCUCUCCUCAAAGAUCAUUAAUACUGACCCUAUUGAAGAUUAUUCGCAUAUUACUGUAAGGAAGCAAAAAUGGAUUGACAAACCCUAUGUCGUUGAAUCCUCUAACUCUAAAGAAAAGAAUGUUGAGGAAGAUGAUGAAGAAGAUGCUAGGAAUGAACUCUCCUCUAAGGUUGUACAACGUGGAUCAACCACUCCUUUAGUGGAAACUAUUGAGCCAUUGAUCCAAGAUGAGAUUUCUCCAAGAUUAGCAUCUUCUUCUCCUGAAGCUGGGAUUGUUCCUCCUAUACUAAUAUGUAUUAAGACUGCUGCUUUUCAACAGGAUGAUCAGGAAGAAUCCAGCUCCAACCUUCAAACUGUUGUGCUUUCUCAACUCUCCCUAAUAGUGUAG